CACCAAUCUGAGAGCACAGCGGGUGAAAAUGAAGGGAUUUUCUAAAUCUGGUGCCGUAGUGUUGUUCCGUGCACCGCCUAGCGCGCAUCGCUGAGUCCCUGAUAGCGCGAUAACCAGCAGCCGGAUUCCGCACAUGCAGCGCUACAGUUCUGAACCGCUGAUUCUGCCGCAUUGUCCGGCACAUCUGUGACAGGAUGGAAGGGGAUGAAAGUCAAGCAGGAUUUAGGGCAGUCGACAAAACAAGCAUCGAAUCACUGGAACAGUCUGAGAAUCCUACCCAGUGGUGCAUCAGCCCAACUGUACAAUGCCCUUAGAGGAUGGAAAUGGAUGGAAAAAGAAGACUACUGAUAUCAAAGAAAAAUACGAUUUCAAGGAGGUCUUGGGGACGGGGGCAUUCUCUGAGGUAGUGCUGGCUGAAGAGAAGAGUACCCAGCGGCUGGUGGCUGUCAAGUGCAUCCCUAAGAAGGCACUGGAGGGAAAGGAGAACAGCAUCGAAAAUGAGAUUGCUGUGCUGCACAGAAUAAAGCAUGAGAAUAUAGUUUCACUGGAGGACAUUUUCGAGAGUCAGUCUCAUCUGUACCUGGUCAUGCAGCUGGUUUCUGGUGGAGAGCUGUUUGAUAGAAUCGUGGAGAAGGGCUUCUAUACAGAGAGAGAUGCCAGUAAGCUCAUUCAUCAGAUUUUAGAUGCUGUGAAGUAUCUGCAUGACAUGGGCAUCGUGCACAGAGAUCUGAAGCCAGAGAACCUGCUGUACUACAGUAUGGAUGAAGACUCCAACAUCAUGAUCAGUGAUUUUGGACUGUCAAAAAUCGAAGACUCUGGGACUGUGAUGUCAACGGCCUGUGGAACGCCUGGAUAUGUAGCCCCUGAGGUCCUGGCGCAGAAACCUUACAGCAAAGCGGUUGACUGCUGGUCUAUAGGAGUCAUUUCUUACAUUUUGCUAUGUGGCUAUCCUCCAUUUUAUGACGAAAAUGAUGCCAAGCUGUUUGAACAAAUUCUGAAGGCGGAGUAUGAGUUUGACUCUCCGUACUGGGACGACAUAUCAGACUCAGCUAAAGACUUCAUAUGCCACCUAAUGGAGAAAGAUCCCACGCUGAGAUACACGUGUGAACAGGCCUUACAGCACCCAUGGAUUUCGGGAGAUACUGCUCUUGAUAAGAACAUCCACGAGUCCGUCAGUGCUCAGAUUAAGAAGAACUUUGCCAAAAGUAAAUGGAAGCAAGCCUUCAAUGCCACAGCGGUGGUCAGGCACAUGAGGAGGCUGCAGCUGGGCACCAGCCUGGAGGGCUCAAGCCAAAUCACAUCCACCAGCCCCUGCCAUAGACACCUGCUUCUGCCAGCCAAGGAGCAGCAGCAAGAGGAGGAGGAGGAACAAGAGGAGGAGAGCGGUUCUCCUGGUGGAGACGGUCGGCGUGGAAGCGCUGAUCGAGACAGUCUGAGAAGCUGUGCGUACUGCUGCCGACCCGCCAGCAGGAUCUGAGAGACCUAGCAGUGUGCAGAACCCAGAGGAACCCAGCAGAUCUCAUUACACACAUACUCCUACCACCACCAGUCUGGCUCUGAACACGGAGCUAUUCCAUCAGUGUCCAACAGAGGGAGCUAGUGCAAGUAGAAAGGAGCAUGGAAUGAAGAUUAAAGAAGAGAUGAUCACAGAGGAGUUUGAACACUUUACAUGAUGGCCUGACAUUUAUCCCUCAUUCUCUUAUUACACCCACAUUCUAUUUUGUUCUGCUUCAUAUCCCAACCAAAGAAAAUCAUAUUUGUGUGCAACUGUGAGACUCUUUUGAGAGUUGUUAGAAGAAUUAGACUCCAUUUAUGACCUCUAAGGAGAGUUUGGGUGCUUUUGGUAAAUCAAUGGUCAUUUCUAUAAAUCAGACAGGUUGUGAUUUGUUAGUUAAGCACUAAAAAGAGCAUUUAAAGAACUCAAGGUAAUCAUACUCCCCCAUGAUCUUUGUUAGGCUUGAUUUUAAAGUUCCCUUGCCUUAAUCCAUGGUGUAUUUACUCUAAGUAAGGUCUAUGCAGUGUCUGUAUCACUGACCCUGUGUCCUGCGUCAGACUGGUUCUGAAAUAUCGGAUGGUAAUGCACAGCUUUGAGCUGGAGCCUCUGCAUGUGUGAUUGGGACUGUGGUUUCAGGUCUAUGGAAGUCAAUGGAGAGGGAAAGAAUGGCUGUCCUGGCAAAGGCUCAAACUGAGAUCCCUGCACCAUACCGUCACCCAACAUCAGCAUAUGUGAACAGACAUGAGCUGUUUGAUGGUGAGGGGCUAGGUGUGAGACUAAAAUGCACUUCUAACCCUAAAAAUAUUUAAUGUUAGUCCCUGAAGCAGACUCCUGUUCUACUCUAUAAAAAUAAAGGUGUCAAACAGGGUUCUUUGGGGCAAUGCCAUGUUUGGGUUUCUAAUAAAUAAGGGUAUAAUGUUUCACAACAUGCAUUUUUUGAUACACCAAAGUAAGGAGUAGCUGAAAAUGUGCCUUACAUUAAUAUGUUAAUGUUUCUACUUUUGGUUUAUUAGAGCAUUCAACAAUAUAAAAGUACAACAUACUUUUAUAUUAUAUAACAAAAGCUGUUCCAUAGACACCAAACUGAUGGUCUACCCACAAACUAACAUGUUAGCCCCAAGCUAAAGGCUGUAAGGUAACAUGUUAGUCACAACACAUCAAUAUGCUGCAGUAUGUUAUUGUUGCAUUCCUUUUAAGGAACAUUUCUACAGAUGGUUCUUUAGAGCAGUUGUUCUCAAACCUGUUUUCAGGGAACCCCAGGUUUUGGCUCUACAUCUUUUUUGGGAUAGAGCACAAAUGUGUAUCGUCUGGGCAUCCCUGAGGAUCAGUUUGCAAGCCACUGUCUCAGGGAACCAUUUUUGUAAAUGAAAAUUGCAAGUGUGAACAUCCUUCACAUAAUAUAAAGUUUUGUUUUAUUUUACCAGAACUAUAUAUCCAAGCCAAGAACCAUUUAGGAGCUAGGGAUGCACAAUGACAUUGAAAUCAUAUCAUUAUGAGCAGAUAAAAAAACUGUAUAAUUAAAUAAAUAUCAUAUUUCUCUGUGAUGCAAUUGCAAGUAGAUGUAGUCCCACUUUCUACGUUUUAUAAUUGUUUACGUAGCAGAAUUAGCAAUGGUAGAUAUGAACAUGAAAUAUAUUGAAUAUUGGCAUAGCCCCGCCCUUCUCACAUUGGUGCAUCCCUGUUUGGGAACCUUUAUUUUUUAAGAGGGUUUGUAAGCAUUUCAGUCUUUUUUCUAGCUGCACUGUUUUUGAAUUCAGUAGGGAAUACCUGCUCAGUACCAUUCAGAAACAUUCAGCAGUGUAGAAUGGGCUAUAGGCAUAUGUAACAUAUGCGUGACUGAGAAGCGAGUGCUGGGUGUUAGUAGUGUGUGAAGGGCUUGUUUGGUCUCUGACGUGUUUGGGCAGGGAUCUCAGCUUCGGGCUGUUGGCUGUAAUCUGUAUUGUGCUCCUCUGAGAAGACGUCUAAUGUUUGCAUGACCUCGUAAAUGUUUACAUAAGCGAUGAUAAACAUAUGAGAAAUAGAUAUUAUUAUUAACACUAUGCUAAUACAAGAAGACUGACAAACUUUUACUGUAUAUGACGUUGGAGACAAGGUAUUUUGGCACUAACGGGGGCAAAAGUUUUGAAUACUGCGUAAAAUGCACUUGAUAGAUAACAGUGUCAUUUUUUUUCCUCAUACUACUUGGAAUACUGUUUGUACAACAGAUAUUGUUUAAAGCCCUUAAAACAUUUUGUCUGACACUUAAAGAUUAAGAAUAAUGUGGUGACAUUAACAGACUUUUAUUUUGCCAUUUUGUUGGUUUGUUUUUAAAACUUGGUCUAAUUUCAGAGCGAAUUUCACCAUCCAAAAACAGAAGAAAACAGCCAUCAGAAUAGUAUUAAUUGUCCUCCUACUGCUACAACCUGACUUGGUGCUUAUAAUGGGCACCAAAUAACUCAGCUAAACCAAGUACUACAAUCAGUAGAGCAGUAUGUGACAGUCUAUAUUAAAACUGAGCAGAACAUUUAUAAAUGAUUUAGGCUUAGCAUUGGCAAGCACAGUAUUAUGAUUAAGAAUGCAACUCAAUGGCUCUAAUAUCUGAUUUGAUUUCUUCCCAUUUUGAGUAAAUAUUCAAUUUCAUUGUUUUAAGUGAGAACAGAUGCACUUGUCAAUUUCAAAUGGAAAAGAGACACAACUAUGUGCAUUAUAUAUAUAAAAAAUGAUGUAUAGGAAGAUUGUAUAUCUUUUUUUUGUAAAAGCUGUUUUGAGCUACAAAUGUAUGGAUGCAAUGCAUCAUGGGUUAUUGAUGGAGUAACAAAGAGCCAAUGAUUUGUACCCUUGAGGAUAUUGUAGCAGGUUAUGAAAUAAACACUCUUGUCUAUGCA